AAAAUGGAUUCUGGCACGAUGUAAGUGCGUAUGUGUGCCAAUCGAGGCAUGAAGACAUGAAGACACAAGCCAAAGCUGGAGCGCAUCAAGCAGACAACCAACAGCAAGCAGCAGCAAGCAACACUUUUAUUGCAUUGCAUUCUUCUGCUUUCCAAUAAAACAACAGGAAGCGAGUUCAGUCAACUUAUCUGAUACCUUAUUUUCUCUUAGGUCAAUAUUUCUAUUAAGUGAAGCAAGAUGAUGUUUUUGAAGAGUUCCGUGGCGGCCUUACUAUGGGUAUCCGCCAGUGCCUUUACUACCACCACCACUACGCAUACUUCACGUACCACUCCGUUGAACAUGGUAGCAUCUCCGUACCAAGCGUCGUUUCAGUGGGACGGUCUGGCCGAAGGUCACUCGGUGCGUGUGGAAGGCAACACGUUGAGGACGUGCAGUUUCCCCGCGGCGGUCCAAGACGUUCGGAUCAAUAUCAACAGCAACGGUCGUCCCGUCUUUUGCGAUGUCGAAUUGUGGCAAUCGCCCACAUAUGUGCCCUGGAAGACCAAAGUCUGGUUGGAAGAUGGACGCAUUUUCCCCUUUAAUGCCAUUAUUCACACACCAUUGGCAGAAAAUGCCAUUCAAGUCAAGAAUACCGCCAAUGUCGCCAUGCCACUCGAUGCCAGUGUCAGCAUCGGACCAGAAGUCACGCCCAUGGAAGAAAUCCUAGACGAGUACAUUGCUACUACUCCUGCUAAAGUCUGUCAGGGUGCGGGGUCGGUUACCUGCUGGAAUUUGGAACCUUCUUCCGAACAAGUCUCCAUUCUCUUGACCACCGAAGAAGGACGUCAUUUGACCGCCAUGGUGGAGUUGGUACAAGGACCCAACAACAAAAAGGUCAGUUUGGAUGUCUAUUCCAGCAAUGGAAAAAAACGACCCUUUUUUGCUACCAUUGAUACACCCUUUGAUGGAUCCACACGAAUGCUCCGCGUUGUCAAUACGGGACCACUCGAAUAUCCCAUUGUGGCCCACAUUAAUCCUCCCACCAAGAGUAUGAACCCGAGUUUGUUUUAAUUUAUUAUUAAAAGAAAACAAGACACAAGUCAAGAAGAAGAAGAAGAGUGAAGAAGAGAAGUGUUGCUGGAAGAAGAAGACAAACGGGACGAAUGGAUGGAUGGAUGGAUAGAGAAAGAAGAGGAAGAUUUUAAUUGUGGCAUCAAGCUGGAAAUAAAUAUUGUUGGAUGGAAAAUUGGAUGAUUGACUGAUUCGAUUCAAGAUUGUAUUUGUUGGUGUUGGUUGUACCGUGUCGUUGCUUGCUGCAAGUGUCAUUGGGUUGCUGCCAUGGAUGGAUCAGGUGGGCAUUGGUGGUCGUUUUGCUCGGUUCAUUUUUUAGGAUCGGGUCAGCUCAGCUCAAAAACGAGGCAAAAACCGACGGCCAGCCAACGGCACGCUUGGUCCGUGGCUGUGGUCGCCUCCACCAGAGAAAAUUAAAAACGUGGCGACGUGGGCAUGCAUGCAGUGCAGGGGCGGUUUGGUGCAACAACUAUAACUGUAGUAAAAUGAAUGAAUGAAUAAAGACAAACCAAAAGCGAUCG